AUGGCAACCCUGAACUUCGCUUUGAAGAACAAUACCGGUUCAAAUACCGUCUACGCCUACAUCACAGGCCUGGCAAUCGACAAUGGCAACGCGCUAUUCCUCCUGCGCUCGGACGGUAGAACAGCCUACUAUCCAACUUCGCCAUCAGCAACUCUGACCAGUCUCAGCUGGGACUGUGCGAUUCCAAUGGGCGCAGCAGGUAGUACAACCAGCAUCACCAUCCCGCAUCUCGCGGGCGCACGACUGUGGUUCGUCCGCGACAACAAAUUGACCUUUUACCUGAACCCGGGCCCUGCGCUGGUCGAGCCGUCAGUCUCGAACCAAUCAGACCCAAAUUACAACCUCGACUGGGCAUUCUGUGAGUUUACGUGGAACAGCGCCCAGCUGUACGCCAAUCUCAGUUAUGUCGACUUCGUGUCGAUGCCUAUUGCCAUGACCCUGACCAAUACAUCGGGCGCCACGCAGACGGUGCAGGGUCUCCCAGCAAAUGGUCUGGACCUGGUCUGCAGUGCUCUCAUAGCACAAAACGACGCCGACGGUGCUGGCUGGAACCAGCUCGUGAUCCAGAAGAAUGGACAAAAUCUGCGCGCCUUGUCACCGAACACGGGAAGAACUCUGAACAACUCCCUGUUCAGCAACUAUUACAAUGACUACGUGAACUCUGUCUGGAACAAGUACACCAACGACACCCUGACAGUCAACACGCAGGCAGCAGCCGGUGAUGUCACUGCCAAGGUCUCGAAUGGUGUGAUGUACUUUUCAGUCUCGGGUGUCUCCUACACCAAGCCAUCGUCUGGUGAUAUCUUCAGCAACAGCUCUGGAUCCUUUGCUGUUUCUGGAAAUGGGACCAAGGACGCGAUUACAGCCCGCCUUGCGGCUGCCUUCAAUCGUUCGACUCUGUUAUUGAAUGGUGCCCAACCGAACGGGCAGAAUGUCAGCAACUACUACCAGAAUGGCGUUACCAAUCAUUAUUCUCGCAUUUGCCAUGCUGUCAGCACUGAUACUCGGGGAUAUGCAUUUCCGUAUGAUGAUGUCGCGCCAAAUGGUGGGCCUGAUCAAUCGGGUAGUGUUUAUGAUGGCAGCCCGCGGCUGUUGACAGUCACCAUCGGUGGUGGCUCUACCAACUCUGUGAAGCAAACUGCGGUCGAGUCAGAAGUCGCGCCCGUCCCAGCAAUCAAGGAGGCAAGCGAUACUUCUGCUCCUGCUGCUCCUGCUGAUAACAGAAAUGGCAAACAGAGUCGGUUCCAUGAACUGAAGAGAAUCGUGAGCAAGUUGUCGCGCAGAAAGAGCAACCCCUGA